CUAUUAUUUACAUUUGCAAAAUUUUAAAUUAUAGGUUAUGUCAUUGUCAUUUAACUUUAUAUAAUAAAUUAAUAAUUUAAUAUUAUGAAAAAUAAACCCUAUGACAUAGAAGCUGCGGAAAGAAAUCCUUGUUUAAAAGAAACAGAGUUAACACUUAGUUGUUUCCAUAAAAAUAAUUUUGAUAAAGAAGCAUGUCAAAUGGAAAUGGAGAAUUAUAGAUUGUGCAAAUCUUUUUGGCAUUAUGUUCAAAAAGAAAGAAGGAAAAAAGGCAUAAGACCAGUAAUGCCACCUUUAGAAGAAAGAGAUGCUAUUAAAAAAGAAUUUUUGAAAACAUUUAAGCCAUAGGAAACUGUUUUAUUAAAUUAUAAUUCUUAUGUAACAUGUUAUUUAUAAAUUUAUUGAAUUAAACACAUUGUUAGGUAUAUAUUUUAUUGUUUUAAAUACAGUUUUGUAAAUUAUAAUAGUUUGAAACCAAUAUAAUACCAGUUUUUCCCCAUUUUUUGAUUAAAUUUUGAGUUUUAAAUGAUUAUAAAAUUAUUGGAAGAUUUUUAAAAACUGUACUACUUAAUUUCAGAAUUACAAAACCUCAUCAAAUGGAUUAUUACUUUAUUAAAAUAAUAUACUAAGACAAUUUUGAGUCAUUGUCUUACUAUUUAAAAUGACAACAGGGCAGUUGGAUACCAUUCUGCAUUCAAUUAAAAUAAUACAUCAUUUUUAAAUUAUCUUUAAAUAAUCUUACAAUCAGCAUGGAUUAGGCCAGUUUAUGUAGUAAUACAUAUUUAAAUUUUAUAAUAAAAUUUUAUAUUUACAUAAUGUAACUGGCAACUGGCAGUUUCUGUUAAAAAUAUUUAAACUUAAUAUCUCAAAAAAGGGAAAAACUUUAAAUUUAAUUUAUUUAAACCAUAAAAAAAGAUAUAAAACCAUAUUAGCUAUACCUAAAAUUUAUUUCAGGCAAAAUUAGAGAGCUAGAAUUUGUCACCAGUAGAAAACUGAUACGAAACUCAUUAAAAUAUAUAAUGCAAAUACAAAAUUAUAUAAUGAGAGGAAACAUGCAACAGAAAUCAAAAAAAUAAUAAUUUAUAUUAACGGAAUUUCUAAAAUAUCAAUUUUUAUAGUUGUUUUUUUUUUAUUCAAGAUAGAAAACAAUAUUUUCCUAUUUGUUCUCAUUACUUUGGUACAAUACUUAUGGAAAAAUACAGAGGAUCAUUUUGAAAUUAUAAAUGAAUCCAAUAUAUAAAUAAAUAUUUCUAGUUAUCAGUUAUCAAAAUGGUGGAGUGGAAUAAGUUACUAUUACUUGAUGGAAUUAAUACAUUUGUAACAUAUAAAAAUAAGAUGCCAAUUUUAACUCGUUUAAUAAUCAUUUAUUACUUUAACUCUAUACUUUUUUCUUAAACCUAAAAACUUUUUUUUAAUGAUUAUAAAAUAUUUUCUUUGUAGAUUUAGAAUACAUCUUUAUAAAAUACUAUUAUUUUUAUCAGAUGUAACCGAAAUUUUAACACUUGUUGAUUGUUUGUGAUUCAUUGAGGUUAAUACACAGGUGAAAGGUGUAAAUAUAGUUGAUUUAAUGUGAAUUAAUUUUUAGAUCUAAAUGUGAAUUUUCAGGAAUAUAUAAAGCAAAACUCCAAAUAAUUACCUUCCAAAAUGUGAAAGUACUUCCUCUUAGCUUAUCUAUUAAUUAAAAAAACCCCUUCGUUUUAUUGUCUCAUUUAAUUUUUUUUUGUGAAUUACAUCUUUAUUUGAAAAAGUUAAAUCGAAAAUUGCAUCAACUGUUUCUAAAAGUUCUUAAGCAACUUUGUUAUUAAAAUUCUAGGCAACACCCAAUAAUAUUGCUUCAAUAAUUAAAAAAUUAGCUGAUAAACUGGCCUCUCUCUAUAUAUAUGGAACACAAAUUUUGAUAAAGUAACUCUUAUACUUUGUCACACAAUAUUUUUCUCUUCAAUGCACACAAAUAAAUUCUUGAAUACAGCCACAGGGACUAGGCACUCACUCAAUGUCAAUAAACGAUAUUUAAACAUAAUAAAAUGUCAUUUGGGUGGGAAAACACCUAUUUGUUUGCACAUCCGAGGGACAACACUUAUCAUGCGUUGUCAAUCAAUAGUCAAUCAGAAGGUUUCUUGAUAGUGAAACAAUUAACUUUAAAAUGUUGACACAUUUCUC